ACUCCUUACGCGAUAAAAAAUAUGUGACACCAAACAUGCCUCCAGUCCAACUACCAAGCGAAGACUCCAGUGCCUUCACGGUCAUCAACCACGAUGAUGAAAAAGAUCCCGCCGAGAGCGCGCUACCGAAAAAUGUAAACGUGGUGAAGCCAUUGCAGAGAGACGCCGAAACAGACAGAAUGGACAGCCCGGCCGGACCCCAGACAAUUCUAGACCCCAAAUUCUCAAGAGCAUUAGACUUCAAACUCCGUAGGUUAAAAGAAAAGGAGAUUUUACAAGCCAAUUUAAGACGUCCAAUAAAAUAUCGGCCCAGGAAUGGUCUGCUCGCUGCGUCGAACCCAAAUAUCAGUUCUAAAGAUCACACCUCGCCCAGCAAACUAAGUCAUUCGCAUCCUAGAAUAGAUGUGAUAGCUCCGGAAACAAAGAUCUCGCCAAAAAUGGACAAGUCACCAUCGCCAGGGCGUAAGAGUCGCGUCAGAAAAGUAUCAGGUUCCAACGACGGGGAGAAGCCAAGGUUCAUUACUACUGUGAAGACUGGCCAGUUUCUCUUACCACCGCCAGAGGUGGCCUGCCUUUUGGGCUUGGAGACUUUGUACCCGCAAGAUGAUAGAGACAAAAUUGUAUAUUCGUACGCCAGUAAGCCAAAAGCCGUGAAUGCCCGGUCGAAGCGUUCGGUACAGGACAAGAAGGAGAACAAAGUGAAUAUUACCAACUGUGGGAUAGUGAGUGGCCCUCAGAAGUUACAAGUGGGGAACGUGUUUGGAGGAGUCAGAGCUUUGGUUGCUGGCGUCAUGGGCAUAAGGCAUCUUCAUGAAAAACAAACCAGCGGCAGCAUGACCACCCAGAACACAAAUAUGAUGCACGACAAGCGAGUCGUGCGCGGGAGCACGUUCGCUGGCCAUCCUCAGGCUGGGGGGGAUGGAGCCGAGAGCGCGGCUGCGCGUGCGGCGCGCACGCGCCGGCGCGCGCUCGCGAGGAAAGCGGCCGCCGCCAGGCUGCGGCCGGGGACCCCCCCGCCCGCGCCCGGCAGGCGGCACCAUCCGAUACAGACGGAGUACUAUUUGGAGGAGCUGUUCGACAAAGGGCAAGAGAUGGAAGUUGGCGUCCAAACGGACUUAUUUGUCGACAGACCCGCCACUCCUAUAUACGUGCCAGCCAAGACCGGCGCAGACGCACAUACGCAGAUCUAUCCGGGGGAUCUCUUCGACUUCGACCUGGAAGUCCAACCGAUCCUGGAAGUCCUCAUCGGGAAGACGACAGAGCAAUCCCUGGCGGAGGUGGCUCAGGAGGAGGAGUUGGCGACGCUGAGAGAACAGCAGCGGCGUUACUGCGAGCUGAGGGACGCGGAACUGGCCGAGAGGCAGCGGCUGGCCGCACAGGACCUGAGGCUUCACCAGGAGAAGGAGCGUCGAGUGGCCGAAGCCAGGGUGGCGCAGAUAGCGGCGACCGAGGCCCGGGAGCGCGCCGCCGCCGCCGUGCUGGUGCAGGGCUACGUGGCCGAGCUGCUGCCCGCCGUGCUGGCCGGCCUCAGGGACCAGGGCUACCUCCUCGAGAGGGUUGAGAGAGGCGUUGACGACGAAUUCAUGCCGUGGUUGGUGAAGGAAGUCUCGCAAGAGGUGGAAUCUCUCAUCACCAGCAGAGAUGUCCUCACAGAAAUCGUUCGCGACGUGGUGGAGGCGAGAUCGGAGCUGUACCGGGCGGCCGGCGAGCGGGAGGCCGAGUUCGUGGAGCCCGAGCAGCCCCCCACGCCGCCCUCGCUCUACGGCGAGGGGGAGGAGGAACCCUUAGAAUAACAUUGGAUCCGUGAGCGCGGUGACGAUAACGGCUCGCCGCGUGUACCCGGUUCGAUUCUCCGGCAAAUCACAGUGAACCACGGCCGCUUUGUGAUCUCCCAUUUGUACGAGCGGUCCUGGGGAAUUCGCAAAUUUUUUGGGAAAAAACGUGACUAAUAUAAACCAUUUAUAAUGAGCUGGUACAUUGUAAAUUAAUUGGAUUUAAACUUAUUCUUUAAAUAGUUACGUUAUCCACGUUAAAAUAUAUCUCAAACCUUAAAAAGGCUUGAGUUGGUGCGUUGCAGGUGUCAUUGGACUAUUGUGAAAUUAUAGUUUAUUAGAAUUAGGUACACGAUGUAAAA